AUGGAGACGGCACAAGGAGCGCACCUCAAAGGCGGGGGCUUGGCCAAGUCCGAUGACGCGGCGCCGGCCAACGAGCCGCCGCUCUCGGCGCCUGUCGCCGCGCCGGCGGCGGCGCCCGGGCGCGUGGGGUCGAAGCAGCGCCCGGUUUCGAGGGAGCACGGCUCGAAGACGUUGGCGGACUUCGUCACGGGCUCCAAGAGCUUGGCGGAGCUGGUGGAAGUGGUGGCCCCGAGCCGCGUGGACACCGAGGCCAUCAUGGGCCAGGAGUUGGAGAUCGAACAUCCCUGGGCCCGCUUCGCCGUGAAGCUUCUGGAGACCACAGGUGAUGAAAUCGAACAGGUGCCAAGCAGGGAGCAGGAGGACAUCUUGAAGAUGAAGCCGGUGUGGAAGAUCCCCUUGAGCCAAGUCCCCGGCACCGCCCGGAUGUACGAGGUGAGCCUCAUGUCCCCGGACCACACGCUGCGGAUCAACAACGCCCUCACGGACGACAGCUGGCUCCAGCAGUACGUGGUGGGCCCCCGCAGCAGGUGGCAACUCUUUUGGUCCUCCAUUGCCACCAUCCUCAUCCUUUGGGACUUGAUCACUAUCCCUCUGGAGAUGUAUUCGGUGCCGGAGCUGAACGAGGUCCUGGACGGCGUUGGCAUCUUCUCCUUCUGCUUUUGGACCCUGGACAUUCCGCAUCUCAGCUCAAUGAUCCAGGGCUUACCGGACGGUUAA